AAAAAAAAAAAGUAAACAGUAAACACCACCAACGACAAAACUCGAAGCCAAACCGGGAAAACUGAAAUGAGCCUUUGUUGACGUGGAAUAACCUAGAGAUUUGAGGACUUUAACAUGAUGGCCACAGAAAUAUUGGAUACCUUAAGAAAUUUUGAUGCAUAUCCGAAAACUUUGGAAGAUUUUAGAAUUAAAACAUUUGGUGGAGCAGCAGUGACGAUCAUCAGUGGAAUGAUAAUGGCUGCCUUGUUUCUGUCCGAACUGCGCGACUAUUUAAACCCAAGUGUCACUGAAGAAUUGUUUGUGGAUACUUCAAGAGGGUCGAAACUCAAGAUAAAUUUUGAUAUCAUCACUCCACAUAUAUCGUGUGACUAUUUGGCGAUAGAUGCCAUGGAUACAUCGGGAGAGCAGCACUUGCAGAUUGACCAUAACGUGUUCAAGCGCAAACUAGACCUUGACUUGAAGCCUAUUGAAGUACCAAAAAAAGAAGAUGUUGGUGGAGUUGCGACUACAGUAACCGAGCAGGCUGUGGAUACGACUCCAAGUACGACAGAGGCGUGCGGGAGCUGUUAUGGCGCAGAGACGGCUCAGAUAAAGUGCUGCAACACGUGUGAGGCUGUGAAGGAAGCCUACAGGCGUAAGAAGUGGGCCAUCUCAGACCUCUCCAACAUAAAGCAGUGUAGCGACGACAGUUCUUCAGAGAAGAUGAGCAAAGCCUUCAAGGAAGCCUGCCAGAUUUACGGCACCAUGGAAGUGAACAGGGUUGGGGGCAGUUUCCACAUUGCUCCAGGUCAGAGCUUCUCAAUUAAUCAUGUUCAUGUGCACGAUGUCCAGCCAUUCUCAUCAUCUUCCUUCAACACUUCACAUCAUAUCCGGCACCUGUCAUUCGGCAGGAACAUUGCAGGGGUCACCGACCCCAUGGAUGGCACAGAGAGCAUCGCUUCUGAAGGUGCCACCAUGUUUCAGUAUUAUAUAAAAAUUGUACCAACUACCUAUGUAAGAAGAGAUGGAGCCAUUUUGCAAACUAAUCAGUUUUCUGUGACAAUGCACCAGAAGGCUGUGUCAAUCCUCACAGGCGAGUCUGGUAUGCCAGGAAUUUUUUUUAGCUAUGAGCUUGCUCCAGUCAUGGUCAAGAUAUCAGAGAAAGAAAAAUCACUUGGACAUCUGGCAACCAAUGUGUGUGCUAUCAUUGGUGGAGUGUUCACAGUGGCUAGUCUUAUUGAUGCGUUCAUCUACCGUUCAGUGAAAGCCAUCCAAAAAAAAAUUGAGCUGGGAAAAGUGAACUGAAAACUAUUUCCUCUUUCAGUGGACUUUAUGCACAGAACAUCACUUCUAAAAAUUGUUUGUAAACUUUGUUUAAACUUGUUAAACAAGUGGAAGGGCUGAAGCUCGGUUUAUCUGUAAUUUUUUUUAAAUGAUACAAUUAAUUUGGUUACUCUUUUAUUUUGAACUCAGUAAUCUGUUCUUAAAUUACAGAACUUUUGAUAAUUUUUGUUUAAAGAUAAUAACUACAUAUUUGGGAUUUCAAAAUACAGUAAUAAAUACUGCUUUCCAUGCUAGCACAAAGCUGUAUGAAGACAACUUUUGAAAUGUUUAUAAAUUACAAGACGUAAUAAAUACAGUACUUUAAGUUUUUAAUUUCUUAGGAAAGAAAACAUAAAAUAAAAGUGGUAUGUGUAAUGUGUGUAAAAGUAUUGAGCUUUAAAAGAAUAUUACUAUAUUACUGCUCCUGCCGUGCACAUGGUGGAUUGUGGCUACAAUAUGUAGAUGAAAAUCAUUAUGCUGAUGGUGAAGGAAACAGUAAAAAUGAAGGGAGCUAGGCAAAA